ACUACAAAUUAUACGGAAAGGAUUUUUGUGAUGAUUGUACAAUCAAGAAAAUGACACUGGCCAUCAAUAAAAAAAUUAGUAAAAAAGAUCUAGUGCCAUUUUUGAAAAUAUCCCAAACCUUUUCUCCAUAACAUCAUGUAAAUAUUUUUAGGCAAUAAACUAAAUCGCUUAAUAACAUAAUUUUCGUUAUUAAGCACUCAAAUCACAACACAACACUCAAUUUAAAACCCACAGUGUAGAUUAAAACAUUAUGAAAUAAGUUUAAGUGACUAUCCACCAUGGGUGCAAGCGGAAGCAAAAAGACAGUUGAAACUGCAAUGAAACAUUGCACACUAUGGAAAGCAGACCGAAGUCCAGCAUGCAGAGCAGUCAUGAUGGCUCUGGACGCGAUGAACCUGAGCCUCAACGAGGUCGACGUCAAUAUGGACAAGGAGCAACACAAGUCCUCGAAAUUAGCCGUGAUGAAUAGUCUACAGACAUUACCGAUCCUCAAAGACAGACAAUUAAUUUUGUGUGACAGUCACGCAAUUAACACGUAUCUGGUAAGGCGAUACUGCGACAGUGGUCGUCUGCUGCCGAAGGAUCCGGCCGGUCGGUCCUUGAUCGAACAGAUGUUGCACUACAACAGCGGGGUUCUCUAUCCGAAAUACCGAGCUGCUGCGUAUCCAAUUUUAUACGAUGAUUGCCGCUACGUGAUGCCACAGCAUGUUUGCGAAAUUGAGAGCGCAUACGCUGAGUUGGAGAGUAUGCUAGUGGGCCGCACCUGGUUUGGCAGUUGCUCCUGGCCCAUGCUCAGCGACAUCUGUAUCUGUGCCACUGUCAGCACGCUGAACGUCAUGGUGCCUAUUGACAAAACCAGGUACCCGCGACUAUCGAGUUGGCUUUACCGCAUGUCUGAAGAGAUGUUCUAUCUGACUGCCAAUGCAAAAGGACUCGGAGAGUUUUCAAAAAUUAUAGAUUGCGGUCAUGUCGUUGAGGAAGAGAAAGACAAAGACAAAGAAAAUGACGGUCCAAGAACUUCAAUCAAGAGGCGUUCCUUCACAAAAGCGCAGAGGAGUGUUGUAGGAGUACUGUAAUGAAAAAUUCAAAACCCCACGAGAAAAAUUGCAAGUAAC